AUGCUCGAUCCAGGCAAUACAGAGCUUGAUCGCUAUCUCCAACUAGACCCAGCGCACCUUCAAGGAGUCCAGGAUCCCCUACAAUGGUGGGUUUCGCAGCGUUCGGCUUUUCCGACCCUUAGCCAGCUGGCCCUGGAUAUCCUAGCCAUCCCGGCGAUGUCAGCCGAUUGUGAGAGGACCUUUAGCCUCUCCAAACUAACGUUGACAACCCAACGACUUUCCAUGGCCCCCAGAACGCUUGAGCACACCCAGUGUCUCAAGAACUGGAUAGAGAGGGGUUCAACCUGCGGUCUGUGGACGUUCUGCUUUGACGAAUACCGCACGCUGAGGGCUUUUGCGCCGAUGGCGGGCGAUUUGCCCGUACACCACGUCCAGAUGAUGCUCAAUAAAUUUGUUUCGGGAGCAGGAGUUGCGGGAGGUCGACACCAUAUGCCGGGCCAUCCCCAACCUCAGAAUCCUCUUGCUGUCGGUCCAAGCAAGGCCGCGAUUCGUCAGCUGGAGAACGAUGCCGCGGUGAUGAAGUCGCUCAAAUCCGUCACCGCCGCGCCACAGCUACGUGUCGAAGUUCUCCCAUGGCGGACCGGGAUCGAGGUUAAACAGUACCAUGAGUCCAUGACUCAUGAGGCCGAGUUGACUGCAUGUGCGGAUUCCUCCGCGUCAAGUCCCUUCCUUCCGAGUUCCACGGCGAAGCAACUCGAGCGGCCCGCUUCGCAUCCUCGCACUCGCAUCAAGGCCGGAGAAGCAAUGCGAUUGGUUAGCGGCCCAUAA